GACAAGUUGAGAUGGCAGUCCCUGUCGAACGUGGUCGGCGCCACAGGCCUACAGGCAUGCAUGCAGGAGACGGCCCCUGUCUACACCUGGACGCCAACGGGCGAACAGCAAGGGCAACCCAUUUGGCUGGACCACUGUUUCGCCUCAGCCGGUACGGUUGCGACGGCACGGGCAACGUGGGAUUGCGCCCGUGGUGAUCACUCGUGGCUGAUCGUCAAGCUGUCCAGCGACGUGCAGUCGUUCCAGCACCGGCCGCAGAGGAAGGUAUGGCAGUGCACAGACAUGGAGGAGUACGAGCGGGAGUUGGCCACUAUCGAUGUUGAUUCGCUCGAGUCCGUUGAGGACAUCGCGCGCGCGGUGGCUGCUACAAUGGACAAGUUCACCAGCAGGCAGACGUCGCGACAGAGGAGGCGAACCAGAGAGCCGAUGCAGAUCAAUGAGUUGAGGCGCAGAGUCAGAUGUACCUUGGACCUGGGGCAGAAGGUUCACUUGAACAAGUUGCUGACCGACAUGCGAAAACAAUGGCUCGCGAAGAAGUGGGAGGUUGAGGGCGUCGACAGAGCCCGGCGGCUCAAGCGGUUGCCAUCUACGCGAACAGGGUUGCACGCAAUCACGUCGAUGCAGAUUGGCAGGGAGACGACCCAGGACCACACUGCGUGGGCUACGGCAUGCCAGGUCGAAAUGGUAAAGCGUUGGACUGAAGCGAACGAGACCCGUGCGGGGAGCUGGAUGAACAAGGACACUCCCGGUCAGACAGGUAUUUCAUUGGCCAGGAAGGUGGUCAACCUGCUUCUCGUGGACGACAUCGGGUGGGACGCCGUGGAGCUCGAGGGGUAUUCCAAGUCCAAGAUACCAGGAGUCGCGCUGCCCGCGAAGAUCCGCACCGUCAUCCCUCAUAAUACCAUAUUGAGCACGUGCCACGCGUGCGUGCAGGAGCGAGUCGUGAGCAUCACCGCUGCAUGGAGCGAAGCCCAAGGGCUGGAUUUCCUCAUCCUCGGAGGGAGCAAGCAUCACCAACUGGCCGAAGUCACCUUUACGUGCAACCAGCUCGUCGAGAAGAGCAUAGACCGUCGUAACGCUGGCGCGAUGGGCUCCAUGGACGUGGCCAACUUUCACGAUUGUCUGUGCUGGGACAGCGCCUGCGACAUCAUGGCCCGCCGGGGUGUGCCAGCAGCAGACGCGAUGGUGCUCAUGCGACUUCACUCCCGACCGCAGGUCCGGAUACGUGUGGGGAAUGCUCUGACCGACGCGGUGGUGCGUAUCAGAGGCGCUUUCACAGGUGCGCGGACGGCGGCUGCCAUCGCCCAGUGGGUGAUCGAAGACGCUUUCGUCGACUCUGCUGGGUCCCUGGCCGGACGAGGUUGGGAGCUUGCGGAAGGGCGCUUUCUGUCAGCAAUGGCAUGGGCAGACAACCUGGUCAGUUUUGGGGACUCCGUGCGGGAGGCGGCGGGCGUACUGACCAUCAUCGAGGAAGCUCUGAUCCGACAGGGCCACACAAUCAAAGAUGACAGCCAGGAGUUGCUACAGGUCUCGCAGCAGCCACUGGGCGAAUGGCAGUUGGAGCAUGGUGGCAGCAGAUGGCAAGUCAAAGAUGAGCUUGUUAUCAUCGGACGAACUGUGAGCGGUAAUGCAAGCAGCCACGCGGAUCGAACGAAGGCCUUGCUGAAAAUCCAGCGGUCAUGGUUCAAACACCGACGCCUUCUGCAGAACAGCGCUUUACCUUUCGGAUCCCGGGCAGAGAUGCGGGGAAGACACGCGGAGAGCAUCCUGAACUUCUACGCCGGAACGUGGGCCCUAGCAAAGCAGAUGGUGCAGACUCUAGAUUCCACCCAGCUCCGAUACGUCGCCCAGAUGAGUAAGAUCCCCCGCUUGCCUUUCGAGGAGUUCCGGCUGUGGAGA